GUUAUGUAGUUAGACUGAACUGCUGUCUGUCUUUAUGACACUGUGACUUUAUUAACUAAUUUCCGUAGUUAAGCUGAUGUAUAUAAUUCGUGUUCAGCUUUGAAAAGAGACCCAACGGAAGCAACGGAAAAACAGUUCUCUAGCCUCAUGGCAGGGGGCGCUAGUGAUCCCGGAUGCUUCAUGCGCCCACCUGUAGAAUAAGUGAUCUCCAGUUCAAAUUUACAGUGAACAGCUGAGGAGCAGUCGUCCAUCCAUUUAUUUCGUUUUCUUUUUCGUUUUUACAUUUCGUUUUACAAUGGAGGAUGACAUAUCCAAACGAUUUUCAACUAUGGAUUUUCGGUCGAAGCAGGAGGUCAUCAGUAAAGGAAGAGCAACUCCGGAGUUAAAAGGUUUAAUUCGACACAGGUGACUUCGGAACGGAGAGAUACCCGCAGGCUUCACGGCAAACUCGUCAAGGUUGAGCCGCAUCAGGAUGAAGAUGACUCAAGCUAAGAGGUAAACAAUGUGUCAAUGGAUGUGCUCCCCCCUCCCUUCAUAGUUACCAUUGCAUUCAAACUUGACUUUCAAAAGUUUGCCAAAGUUCCAUCGUAUGAAAUCGGGAGCAUUUUGUUCCGCUUUGAAGCCGGAGCGGCGCUGGCUACGUCACGAUGUUGUCGACAGUGCUACCGUCUCCGCUUUCUACAAUUUGCUUUGAUUGAUACGAGCGUGGAGUGAAGGGGACACGGUCGGAUGAUCUUCCUCCCACCUGCUCCCCGACUUUUAAAUGUGUUUUUAUCAAAGCGGAGUUGCAGGACAUUCAGCUCCGGGCCCCUGGAGGACCUGUUUGCUUUUGGGCCCGCUUCACCUUCUUGAUGCCUUUAGCAGACUCGCUGCGGCCAUGAAAACAGCGCCGCUUCUUGCCGGCCGUAUAUUUGUACGCGCUCGGCGUAAGGCUAACAAUCGGGCCCAUGGGAAUGCCGAUCGGCCGUAGAGUCGAGGCUAACCUGCGCUCUGAGCCGUGGCUUCAAUGCGGCGUGACGCUCUAAUGGCCGAGCGCGGAUGAAAAGAUUGGAGGCCUUUGGAAGCACGAUGCUUAUCGUCCUCGCCCGCAAACAAACACGACGCGCGUCGCUGAGCGCAACUCUGGACCUUCGUGCUGUUGUUGACUUUGCCGUACUUCUCAUCCAAUGGUUUUUCUAACAUCUUUGGCGAGCAUGCCAAUAGCUUGCUCAACCACGAGCAUCCCGAGCGGGCGGCUCGUUGGACGAACAAUGAGGCCAAGCUGGCUUUGACAGGAAGGACCUGAUGGGUGGAGUGUCAGCUGGGGGAGAGCUGUCUUUGGCAGAGAGAAGCCAGACGGUGCUGACGGGGCGGCUCGAGGGGCCCGCCGAGCAUUUGCAUAGAAUUGCCUCAUAAUGCUAACAUGCAAAACGCCCUAAAAAGACUAGCACAUAGCCUUUUUGUUUUGAAGGCAGACAAAUAAUAUAACAAUAGCUAAUGGUGUAUAUUCUUUCUCCUCUGUAAAGAACUGUUUGUUGUACUGUGACUUUCUGGCUCAUUGUUCAUCAGGAUUAUACUGCCCCCAACUGGCCAAGGCGUGCACAGCAGUAGGCUGAGCACAAUGUCUGUUGAAUGGAAGCCAAAUUUCUAGUGAGAGUUCUCAAGAGGCUCCUUUCAGGAAAGAUGGAGGCCCCCCCGCAAGUAUUUAACGUGCGCAAUUUUGACGCACAACGUCAGUCACUCCACGAGCCCGGCGGCCUCCCUCCGCUCUCACCUGCUCCAAAAUCCAAUAUUGAGCGAUGGAGGCCGUUCUGUUCGAUUUGGACCAAGAUGGUUUGCCGGAUUUCGCCUUCUGGGGUCAGAUGGAGCAAAACCUGCAGUUCCAAACGCAGCUGGACACUUUGCUGCUGGACUGCAGCACGGCGGCGGCGGCGGCCGGCGAGCAGCUGUCGCCCUGGUCGUCGCUGGGUUGCCAGUCGGUGUUUCCGGAGGCCCAGCUCACUUUGGCCGACUUUGACGGGCAGUCACCCGCGGACGAGGAGGAGGAGGCGGACGGCUUCUCCGCCGACGGGUCGUCGGAAGCGGGCGAGCGGCACCGGCUGCAGGUGUCCCAGCAGCCGUACAAGGUGCAGAGGCACGCCGCCAACAUCCGCGAGCGCAAGCGGAUGCUGAGCAUCAACUCGGCCUUCGAGGAGCUCCGCUGUCACGUGCCCACCUUCCCGUACGAGAAGCGGCUGUCCAAGAUCGACACCCUGCGGCUGGCCAUCGCCUACAUCGCCCUCCUCAGGGAGAUCCUCAUGUCCGGCUGCGACCCCAAGUCCUACGUGGACGAGUGCAUGAAGAACGGCUACAAGAAUCAGACCAACGCCAUUUGGAACACCAGCGAUCUGACAGCUCGUCUCUCCUGGAUAAAGUGGGAUUAGUUGAGGGCCGUGGGGCACCCCCGAAUGCGGAGAUCUCAGUCUUGCUCUCUCCUCGACAUCUGCGGACUUCUCACUGGGUCGCACGCACGCACCUCGGGCUUUUAAUAUUGUAAUUUCUUGUCCACUGGUCAUUGAGAGGCUUUUGCGGCGAGGCCUUGGAGGGACGGAAGGGCGUGGGCAUUGUUUGCCCAAAUGGAUGCCACUUGUCACACAGCCAGAGUGGGCCACACUGGCAUGAGACUGAACGACUGUCAGGCAUCCAGCGUUAGGGUUUUUCUUUUGUUUUCUUGCCACGAGUCGAGUCUCCAUGUGUGAGAAAAGAGUCUUGAUCAUGUAAAUGAGACGGCGGCGGCGGCGGCGGCGAGACCCAGAUGACACCACUACGGCAGCUUGCUGACACUUUUGUUUGUUUCUCGCAUCGUUUAUUUAUUGAUCUGUUUAUUUAUUGAUUGAUUGAACUCUUAAUUAUUGCUCAUUUCUGUUCAACUUGAGCUCAUGUGAACGUUAGCUUGUGUGACUUUGUCAUCUUUUUAUAUGAAACUUUUUGAAAUAAAGCUGACGCAAAGCAAUGUCGAUUGCUUUA